UAUUACUAUAAAAGCUGCAUCAUUGGAAGAGAAGAAAAUUAAUGAUUUCCUGGAUAGCGUACAUAAAGAAAAGAUUGAUAGGGAUGUGACGACUACUACCCAGGAUGAAGCGCCCAGCAGUACUAACUUUACGCUUUUAUAUGAAAAACUUUGUGAUGCUAUAAUUCUUGCUGAUCGUAAAACCCAAGAAGCUAUCACGUGUUAUUGCCUAUUUGGAAAGGCACUUAUUCAAAGACGUAAUGAAAUAGCAUCGGAAAGGCUAGUUGAUUCAGAAUCCAAUAUUGUUGGUAGAAUUUUAAAUAAAAAAGUAAAAGCACAGUUACUCACAGACACUUCUGAUAGCCUUUUACGUAAGAGGAUCGAAAAUGCAAAGAAGCUUUAUAAACUUUUUGAUGCAAUAG